UCUCUCUCUCCACAAACACAAACCCUAUCUUAAUCUUCUUCAGUCAUUUUCUUUUUCUUUUCUCCGCCACCGCACAAACUCAUUCAUUCAUUCUUCUUUGCAUAGUUGCAUAGUUCUUACGCUAUUAUUCUCCAUAGCUCCCUAUAUAUAUAUAAGUACGCAGACACUUCAUUCAUUCGACCUUGUACAUUCAUUUUUCCUUCAAUCCCUAAUUCCUCCAAAAAAAAAACCAAACCUUUCUCCCAAUUCCACCGCCCAAUUCUGCUUCUCCAUUUCCUUGUGCUGCGAGGUUUACAUAUUUGGUUUCCUUUCCAAAACGUUUCGGUUUCUUUCUGCAAAAUUGAGGCAGAGGGUAUCCCAAUGGCGCUUGCGUAUGAUCCUCUCUUCAUUUCAUCCGACAAAAUUGAUGUUGUUGCCGCACCCACACAUCCCAUCCUUUUAACCCAAGACGAUCUCAAACGUAUCGCCGCUUACAAGGCCGUCGAUUUCGUCCAAUCCGGCAUGGUCCUCGGCCUCGGCACCGGCUCCACCGCCAAACACGCCGUCGACCGCAUCGGCGAGCUUCUCCGCCAUGGAAAACUCGAGAACAUCGUUGGGAUUCCGACGUCGAAGAAGACGCAGGAGCAGGCUCUCUCUCUCGGCAUCCCUCUCUCUGAUCUCGACGCCCACCCCGUCAUUGAUCUCUCCAUCGACGGCGCUGACGAGGUCGACCCUUUUCUCAACCUCGUCAAAGGCAGGGGAGGGUCUCUGCUUCGAGAGAAGAUGAUCGAAGGAGCUUCUAAGAAGUUCGUGGUCAUCGUGGACGAGUCCAAGAUGGUGAAGCACAUUGGCGGGAGCAAGCUUGCUCUUCCGGUGGAGAUUGUCCCCUUCUGCUGGAAAUUCACGGCGGAGAAGCUCCGGGCUCUGCUUGAGGGAUACGGGUGCGAAGCGAAUCUGAGAUUGGGAGAGAAAGGUGAGCCGUUUGUGACGGACAAUGGGAAUUACAUAGUGGAUAUGCACUUGGAGGAGGACAUGGGAGACUUGGGAGCUGUGAGUGAUGCGAUUCUGAGGCUUCCUGGAGUUGUUGAGCAUGGCAUGUUUCUCGAUAUGGCUUCCACUGUUAUCAUUGCAGGUGAGUUUGGUGUUAAGAUCAAGAACAAACACACCACCACCUGCUCUUGCUCUUGAUUUUGCUUUGUUCGGAGGUAUUAGAGGAGAAACUGGAUUAUGGUUUGUGUUGUAUGAGUUUAGAUUUGAGAGAGAGAGAAAGAGAGAGAGAUAGGUUUGGAUGAUGUCACUGUGAGGAGAGAUGAUGACUUUUCACAGAGUUUUGGUUGCAUCAUUGACAUCGUCGUCAUCAUCCAUCCAUGUUGUAAUCGGCAUUUUGCUUCAUUGCCUUUUUUUUUUUCUUUUCGACUUUUUGAUUCCAUUGCUAUGCUUCUCUUUCUGAGUAAUGGGCUUAUGUGUUGGGCUUUACUUUCGUCGUUAUAUAUAGUUAGCUGAUUCAGUUCA